UCUAACAUAAUUUGUCUCCAACCUACACAUUAGCAUGCCCUUUUUAAAGCAACUCUAUAUUCAGUUCAUGAGAAAAACUGUACUUCAAGGUAUGUCUAGUCCUAGAAAGCGAUCUAUGAAAGAUCCAACUAAUCCUCACGCCGAGCUCAAUGACCUUGUCAUAAAGUUACAAGAAUUUCUCCCAGCUUCAAGUUCCACAGGCGAUAGCAGGGAAAAGAUAGCAGCUAUUAUCAAGGAGACAUGCAAAUACAUAAGGAGGCUGCAAAAAGAGGUGAAGAAUAUAGGAGAAAGACUAUCCUUACUAUUGGAUUCUAUGGAAAACAAUGGUCUUGAUGUAGACAUCCUCAGAAAUCUUCUACAACAAUAAAUUGCUAAGAGUCUUUAAAUUAAUCUCUUUAUUAAGUCUUGGUGUCAAAAGCCAAAACAGACAUAUAUUUAUAUUAAUAAUCAAAUUGUCUAUUA